GUUACGACCACAAAAGGGUGCUUUCCGUGCAUAGGUAUUUACCACAACAUGUGUCCCUGGGUCCUGCUGUUAUCUGUGCUGACAGUCAUCACUGUGCCUGUAUCGGCUUCCUCUUCAGUAAAGGUGAAUCUUCAUGACAAUGCUACUCUCCCCUGCACUCUGACAUGUUCUGGUCUGCUCACAUGGACUGUGUCCCAUAAACCACGUGACAUUCUGGCUCAGUGUAACCAGAGAUCCUGCCAGUCAAAGGAGGGAUUUAACAUGUCCCAUGAUCAGUACCUGAAGGGAGAUCUCUCCCUCACCAUCACUGAUGCUGAUUACACUAAGAGGACCUGGUACACCUGCGCCUGUAAUGGUAAAGACAUCUGUGAUGUAAGUCUGCAGAUAGAGGCCUUGAGUUCUUCAGUUCAGAUUAAGCCUGGUGAACCUCUGGUGCUGGAUUUGCUAAUGUCAGAGUUAGUGGAGGUGAUUUAUAACAGCACAGGUGCAGCUGCUCCCUCUAGUGAACAGAUGUGCACAGUGGAUAGACACUCACUGAAAUGUGAACCUGAAUACACUCAGAGAGCAUCACUCAUCUUUGCUGUUGAGCUGAGAGGAACAGCUCCAUCUGAUAGUGGAGUUUACAUCAUCAGAGACACUAGGAAUGAAGAGAUUAUUCAAACAUACACAGUUACUGUGGAAGAAGUCCAGCCAUGUCCCGAUCAGACCUCCACAGUGACGGUGUUGACGGUGCUCCUGGCUCUGACGUGGGUGGGGCUUGUGGCAGCAGUGCUGGUGAUUGUGCAGCUGAGGAAAAAAAUCAGCAGAUCCAGAAAGGAAAUACAGUGAAUGGAGACCGUAACCAUGACAACAGAGGAGCUAAUAUGAAUGGACUAAACCACUCAGAUGAAGAGCAGAGGUGAUCUCCCAAUAAUUACCAUGAGAGUCUGAGAGAUGAUAAAUGAUUUGGCUCUCUUGUACACACACACACACACACACACACACAUAUGUACCCACAAUGCCUUUCUCUGUACCAUUCAGGGAUCAGAGAUCAGUGUAUGUUUGAUCGUACCUGAUCAGAGUUUUAUGACGUUAGCACUCCUGAACUCACCUGGUAGAGCAGGUACAGUAAGAUACAUCUCCAGAAUCAUGGUUUGAUCCUCAGAGAGGACACAUGCUGUCAUACUGAUAAACAUACAUCAGUCACUAUAAGAGCAUCUGCCCAGUACUGUAAAUGUAAUGGAAAGAUGUUUAUGUAAAAAAUGUAAUAUAAAGAUGUUUAUGCAAAUAUUACUAUGAGAUCCUGUGAUGUAAUUUAAUGCACAUGUAAAUAUUUUUGUGUCAAGUCAUGGAAAAACAGGUAUUUCUUUCUGUAGCAUCUUUUAAAUUUUAGUUGCUUUUUAUUUGAGUCUCCCCUUAUUGUCCAGGGUAUAUUUUCAAGAGUUCACUUGUGGUCUUGGUGAUUAUGGUCAGUUGUUGUGGUUAAUCUUCCCAUUGCUGUAAUGCUGCAUUAAUUUCAAAGCAUUCUGCUCAAUAAGUAGCUAAGGUUUGCCUGCCCAGGUAAAGCAAUCUCCAAUAUUAAGUAAAUCAUACAUGUAUUAUGGAAACAGGCCUGCUCCAUGUCAUUUGGUUUUGAGCAAGGUUGACAGACCCUGUGAUGUUUACUGUUUUUAUCAGCUGGCUAUUAUUAAAUGCACUUGCUAGUUAACAGUCUGUAGAGUAAUCUGUCUAAGGGCAAGAUCAGUUCACUAGAGUUAGAGCUGAGAUAUAUAUGGAUAACAAGAUGAAUCAACAGGCAUUAAGUAACUAGAAAGUAAAGAUUGUAAACAAACAGUGUUAGAAUCAGUAGAGUUGUCAUGAAGUGCAGAUAUGUACUUAACUACGUUUAUUUUCUAAGUGUAAUAAGAUGAAAAUUUGACAAAUUUUAUGAUUAAUCCAUAAAGGUUUAAGGUACAGUAUCAAAAUAAAUGGUUCCAAAGGGAGGAUGAAGGCAUUAAUGAAAGGAGAAGGAGUACACAGACUGGUGCUUUUGGUAUAAUAUGUAGUUUGGAUGUCACGGAUUGCUCGCCUCCUGCAAGUCAUGUGGUUUGGCCCGCCACGUGCAGUGGGAGGAUCCUCGUUUGUGGCCACACCUGCACCUCAUUUGUUUAUAUGUAUUUAAACCCUCAUCAUAGUGUGCAGGAUCGUCAUUGUGGAUGUAACGUCUUAAUGUCAUGGUUAAUGUUCUUGUCAUCAUUAAACGUAUGCGUGUUU